CAGUACUUGCGCAGGGUAAUGAAGCCCAAGGUCAAGUUCACCACUAUUUCUGGAAGGUCUACACUUCAGCUCGAGACUUCGACUGGAAUUCCAAUUCAAAUACCAGACGGGACAGCCUACGAUGGCAUAAAGGACGCCAAAAGAGAAGCUCUUGUUAAGUUCCUAAACAAACGUCCUUGGAUAAAAAUACCAAACAAGGAGAACCCCCUACCCCAUAUGAAAUUGGCAAUUCAGUCUCUCCUUCACUUCUCGGGUCAGCCGUUCUACAUAACCUGUGAAGGCGACAUCCAACCAGUUCAGUAA